AUGGCAGACGUGGAUAUUCGACAUGAAUGCACCGAAAACGAUGUGGUAAUACAGGCGGUCUCGGUGGUGCGAUGCGCGGUAGCCACUGACUAUGCGUUCGGUGUUGAAGAUCUCGAACUCAUGGAUCACGUCUACGCUUGCAUUCUCAACACAUCGCAUUACGACGAAAGCGUCAUUGAGGUGUGCUGGGAGUGGAUUGAUGCUUUGGAGCGUGCACCACGUUUGAAAGACCCUCGUGUCGUGUCCAGCUCUCAACUGAGUAUCUACUACGCCUAUCACAUGAUUUCCCGAGUACAGGAGCGGAUGCCUCGUCGUGCCAAUCAUGCUCAGGCGCGAGCGGAUGCGUGGCGUCGAAUCAAACGAAGCUUUGAGUGGGCUUUGCACUAUUUUUUGUCCGCUUUCGUACGCAAACAGACUGUCCCUUUCAGUUAUCUGUGGUCGGCCGCCGUCCAACUAUGGAAGCCUUUUGAACUGGAUCGUCUUGACAUUCUCUGCAGCUGGUCCUAUCUAGCGCUACAGUUUUCUGAUGCCGUUGACGAAGAUACACUGGAACUUAUCGAGACGGCGAAGUGUCAAGCAGCACAUGUCCUCGCGACUACGAUCGUUGUCGAGAACGCUCAUCAGGCGAAUCAACGAGUGGCAACAGUUGAGAGAAAUCUCAAGGAGGCAAAGGCAUUGGCUGAGAAAUUGGGGAAGAAGUUCGGCACUAAAGAACAGGCUGUGACGAUUUCGUUGAUGUCGAACGAAGGCGAAGAGGAAGGUGAAGGCGUUCCAGCGAAGCGACGUAAGGAAGAGGAAGAGUAG